UCGAAUGUAGAAAAUGGCUGCGCUCUUCGCUACCCCAGGUCGGCACGAAUGUAAAUACGGCCUGUGGAUCAGCUUCGGUGUGUUUAUUGCAAAAUUUGUUUGUGCAUUGGGAAUUACCUGUUACUGUGAAGGACAUUGUCCAGAUGAUCGACAAAAUGGUACUUGUGAAGGCAGACCUGGUGGUCAUUGUUUCAGUGCAGUAGAAGAAGUUUGGGAUGCAGAAUCAGGAGAGUAUGUACCAGAAUGGUCAUUUGGUUGUUUACCACCAGACGAGCAAGGUUUCAUGCAGUGCAAAGGAUAUCUUGUACCAAAUUUACAAGGCAAAAGCAUAAUAUGUUGCAACAAGAGUGCAUUAUGUAACAAAGACAUAUAUCCUGAAUAUAAACCUCGAACUACGACAGUACCUAAUCCUAUGGCCAUAGCAUCAGGUGCAUCACUUAUAAUAUUGGCUAUCAUUUUGUCUAUAUGCUUAAUGAUAAUUUCAAUAGCUAUGGUGAUCAUAUAUCACAGAUAUAGAAGGAAAGAAAGAGGUCCUUGCUUAGUGCCUUCACAGGGAACACUUAAAGACUUUAUCGAUCAAAGUAGUGGUUCCGGAUCAGGAUUACCUCUCUUGGUACAACGAACUAUUGCCAAGCAACUAGCAUUGUCUCAGUGUGUUGGCAAGGGACGUUAUGGUGAAGUAUGGCUUGCAAGAUGGAGAGGGGAGAAAGUGGCAGUGAAAGUAUUUUUUACAUUGGAAGAAGCAUCUUGGUUUAGGGAAACUGAAAUUUAUCAGACAGUGUUAAUGAGACAUGAUAAUAUUUUGGGUUUCAUUGCGGCUGACAUUAAAGGCACAGGAUCUUGGACACAAAUGUUAUUGAUUACGGAUUAUCAUGAAAGAGGCUCUUUAUAUGAUUAUUUACAAACUACGGUUCUAGAUCACCCUAGCCUUCUAGCAAUAUGUCUUUCAAUUGCAUCUGGAAUUGCUCAUCUUCACACAGAGAUUUUUGGUACACGUGGAAAGCCUGCUAUAGCUCAUAGAGACAUCAAGAGUAGAAAUAUUUUGGUAAAGAAGAAUGGUGAAUGUGCAAUUGCCGAUUUUGGCUUAGCAGUUAGAUAUAUAAGUGAAAGUGGAGAAAUUGAUAUUGCACCUAAUACACGAGUGGGUACUCGUCGAUAUAUGGCUCCAGAAGUGUUAGAUGAAACAUUAAAUGCAUCAUCAUUUGAUGCUUUCAAAAUGGCAGAUAUGUAUUCUGUUGGUCUUGUACUUUGGGAAGCUUGUAGAAAAUGCGUUACAGGUGGUAAAAAUUCUAUGGUAGAACCAUAUGCUUUACCAUACCAUGAUGUUGUUCCAAGUGACCCAGAUUUUGAAGACAUGCGACUAGCAGUUUGCGUAAAACGGUUACGUCCAAUAAUACCAGCGCGAUGGGAAAAUGAUUCGAUCCUGUUUGCGCUGAGUAAGCUUAUAGCCGAGUGUUGGCAUGCGAAUCCAGCCGUUCGUUUAACAGCACUACGCGUAAAAAAGACAAUAUCAAAAUUACAUAUUGAUAAUGCUAUUAAAAUCGUAUAGCGUUCGAUAAUAUUCGUCGGAUGUGUUCUAUCUUACCGCUAGUAGCUGAAAAAUAAUUUCUUCCCUUGUAAAUAACCCGGUGUACAUAGAUUUAUUGACAGACUGCAAGCCUGAAGACUGAAUAUUAAGAUUUAAAACUACAUAA